UCUCGCCGCGUCCUAUCGGGGAGCGAGAGCCGCAUCGGUUUCGCGCGCAAAAGUGACAGAUCUUAAAGAAUAGCGUAGUUUUAUUUACAUAUUAAAUUUUCAAUUAUUAAUAAAUUUACGCUUUCAAUAUGGCUGUUACAAGUGCUAGAAGCAUUGUGAACAUCAAAGAGAAGGGACACUUCGAACAUGAAAAUGCCCGGAUUAAUAAAUAUACGUUGGCGGACAAGCUGCCGGCACAGCUGUCGGAGCUGGAGCUGCGGCCGCGGACGAUGGCCAAGCCCUCCUACACGCUCUGCCGGCUCAGCCCCGACGACAAAGAUGCUGCCAUCGACUUCCUCAGAAGAUUCUUCUUCCGUGACGAGCCCCUGAAUCAGACAAUAAAUCUUCUGGAGACGCCGGAAUCGAGAUGUUUUGAGCUGGAAGAUUACGCAGUAAGCACACUACAAGAGGGCGUGUCAGUCGCAGCUGUCGAUGAAAAUGGAGAGUUUGUAGGCAUCGUUAUAAACGGAACAGUCAGGAGAGAGGAAGUCGAUUACACAGACAAAUCAGAGGAGUGCCCGCACCCGAAGUUCAAGCGCAUCCUCAAACUGCUGUGCCAUCUGGACAGAGAGGCACGUAUCUGGGACAAGCUGCCGCAAGAGUGUCACACGGUUAUGGAGGUGCGGAUAGCCUCUACGCACUCCGAGUGGCGGGGACGUGGACUUAUGAGAGUGCUCUGCGAGGAGUCUGAGCGGCUAGCCAGAGAAGUAGGCGCUAGUGCCAUGCGCAUGGACACCACGUCAGCAUUCUCAGCGGCCGCCGCAGAGAGACUCAACUACAAGAGCGUGUACAGCAUCUUCUACGAGGAGUUGUCUUACGCGCCGCACCCGCCGCCGCCACAUCUCGAGGCCAAAGUCUACAUCAAAGAGCUAUAAGCAAAAAACAUCCAUCAACAACAGUUACCACUAGAAGUAAGACAUAGUAAUAUAGAGCACGUUAAACAACGCAUCCACACUUGAGAAAUAUCUAAGCAGGAAAUCGUUUCCAUUUAUCUUACAAUAAAUAUGACUUACAAGGACUAAUAAUAUAAAUAUAAAUAACUUUAUCAGCCAUACUUCAGUUUCUACGAUUUGUUUAUAUUAAAUACAAGUAAUAAUUCGAUUUAUAUCUCAAAGAGUGCGUAUAC